GUUGGCGAAAUACAACCAGAAACACAAUCUGCUAGCCGGGCACACCUCUCCACGAAGGUGGAAGAGAAAGAGAACAGUUUUAUUAUCAAAUGAGUGUGCAGCUUGCGUCACGGGCCAUCCGCCAAGGGCUGCCAAAGACAGAAGAAAAUGCACCCUUUUCCGGAGCCGAGGAAACACCCCCAUCACCACGUUCUUCAGCUCGCGUAGACACUUCUCAGCAGAUCUGCCCACCGGAAACCCCCGAGCGGAGAAGCCAGCGGCCGCAGCGCUCCAGCAGCGGCCACGAGCCCCCCUAGCCGUGGCCCUGAGCGCCGGGACUGCUCAGAUCACAGGAAACCGCUCAUCCUGAAGGGUCGAUGAGGCUGACGUUUUCCUCCGAAAUCCCGGUGACUAAUGUGGCAGGGAGAGAAUGUCAUGGAAUAUUCAGCCAGAACCUUCUUUCGAAGGACCUGAAGGGUUUCAUCACCAACACUCGGCACUGCCGGGAAAGACGCUCUCCCUCCCGCCCCCAGGCUGGACACCUCGGGGACGCCGCCCAUGAGGGACGAAGGUGUAGCAGGAGAAGCCGAAAGACGACGAGGGGUCGGCUGUGCCAGAGGCCGGCCCCAGGGGCCGCGGAGACCCGAGUCCGACACUCACAGACCCUGCACGCCCGUCAGGAGGCCGCCUCUGUGCUCAGCCCGCGGACGAGGAAAACGGACACACGGAGGACAGCGUGCUGGCCGCACCCCCGGGUGGACCCAGGUCUCCCCGACUCCAGGCCUGGAGGCGGCCCCGUGGCUUAUGGGGUCUUCUGCGCAAGCUCCUCCUGCCGCUGUUCCUCGCCCUGGUGGCAGCAGGACUCGAGCUGGGGGAUCCCGGCCCCCAGUGCCCCCAGCCUUUGGGAGAUGCAACCAGAGCCCUGGCGGUUUUGGUCAGAGGGCCCCAGUGGAGGGUUGUCCCCCGAGUCAGGAAACGCCCAGUGAACAAACGAAUGAGGGGAUGAACAGAUGUGGGCCCACUGGCCCCUGGACAUAAGAGUCUCAGCCACGGGGGCCACUGUCUCCUUUAUUGAGAGGCUCGGGGGCUUUGUUCUUGCCGAUUAGGUCACGGGGGCGGGGGCGGGGCGCUUGAGCCGUCGGUGGGGUUUUGCAUCACUGCUGACCAGUCACACCGGACACUGUUCUCUGAGACCGGCUUCGGGAGCUCCAGUGUGACGUGGCCAGGAGCUGACUCCACGGGGCUGGACGGCACGGGGAGGGGGGCCCGGCUGCGCGGCUGCGUCUCUACCUGCACGAAGUGCGCACACGGGAAGGCGGGGUCCUUGAGAGCCGGACAGACUUGGGGCUGCGCACGGACCCCGCCCCCGCUGCGACUCAGAGGCUGCGGGGUGGUGGGGGGAGGGUCCCCACCUGCGUUGACUCCGCCCCCAUCCCGGGGAACCGUCCCUUCUGUCCAUCCUGGACACGCGGACUCCGCUGGGCACGCGGAGACGGUCGCGUGAGUCCCGGCUGAGAGGGAGGAACGGCCCCACCCAUUUGUCAGGCGGCUGAGCCGGGGCACGAGGACCCGUGCCCGAGGCGCGAAGCGCCAGCGAGGGUCCGGGCCCUCGUCCCGACGCCCACCGCCAGGGCCCAGCCGCCCUGCUCACCCGCCCAGAGCAGACGCUGUGUGCCAGGUCUGGGCUGGCCUCGGCCCCUGCGUGGGUGGCCCCUGGGUCACGGGGCUGGCUGUGGGCUGACCUCCUCCCCCUGCCCCCCCCCCCCCCAGCUGUCCCUGGUGAACGGAGAAGGACCCCGUGGGGUUUAAGCAGGACACGGUUCCUAGCGGGGCGCCCAUUGACAUCCUCCCAUCCACCUUGUCAUUUUCGUGGGUGGGACAUCGAGCCCUGGUCACCCAGGACAGGGACCAGGCCUCCUGAGUCCCGAGUCAGGGCUGUUCCCAGCCGUCCGCCAGCCCGACAGUCUCCCUUCAGGCCAAAUAUGCUCCUGAGCCCAGGGAGAACCUGGGCUUUUAAAAAGCCUGUACCUCUCUUUCCAGGCCCUUCUGCCACUGUCUCCUUUGGUUCGGGGGACCUUCUAGGGCCAAGGUCGGGACCAGGCCACCCUGCCUGGAGACCGGCUCUUCCAGACCAAGGAGGCACCUGCCCCUCUGGGUCCCCGGAGCCGGGGCUGCUGCCGGCUGGCUGUGACGGAUGACGCUGGCCGGCGGGCUGGCUGUACUCACGACUCCCCGUCCUCACCUGUGGCCGAGUCCCCAGAACUGGUGUCUCUCUGGGACCCGGCCAGCUGCCCUCCACUCCAGGGAGCCGACCCCGAAGCAGCUCAGAGCUGGGCAGCGGGAGCUCACCCGCACAGCGGACAAGAGCCCGCGGGGACAUCCCUGGCCUGGCCUGGGGCGGGGGGUGUGGAGACAAGACUCCGCCGACCUGGCCUUGCCUCCGCCAAGCCAAGAGGACUUCCAGGGCAGCCCCCCAGCAGCUGGCAUCCCUGUGGAGCCCGCUGCUUUGGUGAGGAGGCAGGAGAGGAGGGGGAGGCCCGGUCCGGCCGAUGCCCGGCACCCCGACCCCCGGGUGGUCAGUGGGGACACAGGGAAGCUUCCUGGGAGUCGCCCUUGGAGGGGGGCCGUCUGGCUGCCUGCUGUACCAGAGGAGGGUAGGGGUCCUCUCCUCGCUCCCCGGGGGCGCCAGGACCUCUGCCGGCCUCUUCCACCCCUCCCCAACCCCUGCCAGAGGCACUGCCGCCCCCAACGCCCGCCUGGCCCGAC